AUGACCCAAAUUCAGGAGGCCAAAGCCACGCUUAAUCCUGUGACAAGACAAACAGAUCGAGAGCGGGCUCAGUCAAGAUGGAUUACUGUGGAACCCAUCAUCAUACUGACAAUGAUGGGCUACACCUGCAUUGCCCUCGUCAAGCCGCUCUUCGUGAAAGAUAUGCUCAGCCAGUCUUACAAUUACACCGAGCCGAGCAACACCAAUAAAUGCACGGUUGCCCACUCUGGCAAUGGCUCGCUGGAAGACCAGAUACAGUCGGAAUCUUCAAUGUGGCUACUGUAUCUCGGCGCCGCCUCAGGGGUCCCCGCCAUGCUGAGCUCGACCGUCUUCUGUACCGUCAGCGACAGACUCGGCAGAAAACUGGCUAUGGCUCUUCCGGCCAUUGGCUUCGCCAUCCAGGCAGCAGUGUACGGUGUCACAGUUCACUUCAAGCUCCCCCUUGCAACCCUCUUGGCGGGCGAGUUCGUCCAAGGCCUGGCGGGAGGGUUUGGCCUACUGUUCGCUGCCUGCAUCUCGUACCUGGCCGACGCCACCACGGAGAGGCAGCGAACCAUGCGAAUCGUUAUCGCCGAGAUGCUGACGUUUCUUGUUGGGGGAUUGAAUCAAGUGGCACAAGGUUAUCUCAUAAAAAUAAGUUACCUACCAUCUCUAGCCAUUGCGUUUGGGUGUAAUUCCGCCGCGUUUCUCUAUAUCAUACUCCCACCGUUUCUGAUAGAAACAGUUGACAACCGUGGAUUUGACCGCAAAGAGUUUUUUGAAGCUUGGAGGAGCAUGAAGAGGCUCCUGGAGUUCAAUGAAAAUGGCCGCCGCUGGCAGAUGCUCUUUUUAGAUUUCUUCAUCUUCUUCUGCGUCUGUCAAUUCCAAGGAAUGCUGGUUGGCACCAAAGUCUUCUCAUUUUGUCUCGGAGACUACUGGUUGAUGCAGAUCAGCUGUCUGAGUACCGUGAUUUCCUACCUUACCAUUGGAUUAGCCAGGUCCACACUGGUCAUCUUCCUCGGAACUGCUGUUGGUUUUCUUAGGGGAAUGUCCAUUCCCGUUGCACGGUCAGUUCUCUCUAAAAUCACGCAUCCAGAUGACAUAGGUGCAAUGUUUUCAAUAGUCGGGUGCCUGGAGAGUCUCACGUUUGCAUCCGGACUGUUGGCGAACAGCAUUUAUGCAGCCUCUGUGUCGUUUGUACCUCCAUUAACUUUCUUCGUGUAUUCGGGUGCCACCCUGAUCCCCGCUGGUAUUACUCUGCUGUUGCAGCUGUGUUGGCCCAGAAGGAAAGAAUACACGUCCCUAAACGUCAUCGUUAAUGCUGACUAAC